CAUAUUUCUCUCGAAAUCAAUUUACUACAUUCAGUCAUUUGUAUACCGUAACCAUGGCUGAUGAAGCUCUUGCAAAUGCUGGUUUGCACUUUGAUGAUUUAAAUAAGAUACGAGUAUUGGAACCUGAAAUUCAAAAUCAAACGACAGAACUAAAGGAGGAAUGUAAAGAUUUCGUAGACAAAAUUGGUGAUUUCCAGGACAUAGUAGGCGGAUUUAUUGACAAAGUCGAUCAACUUGCAAAAGAGGUGGAGAAAGAGAAAAUGAAGGCCAUUGGAUCAAGGAAUCUCCUGAAAUCCAUCUCUAAACAGAGGGAAGCCCAACAACAACAACUCCAAGCAUUGAUUGCAGAGAAGAAGACACAGUUGGAGAGGUAUCGCAUCCAAUAUGCUGCACUGCAGAAGGAAGAAGCAGAACAGAAUGAAUUCAUAGAGCAGUUUAUUCUAAAUAAAUAGUAUUCUCACAAGGUAGAUGUAUUUAUCAUAAGAAACAUAUGGUCCCUAUCUCUGUUAAGAUAAAGUGCAUUGCAGACAGGAAUGUAGUAGGGUUCAAUGUCUGGAACAGGUACAGACAAAUUAGGUCAGAGACACUUGCCCUUUACAUCGGGAUGUAGAAUGCUGAAACAGUCAUCAGUUUUUGUUGUUGUUAAUGAACCUGAAAACGUUUUUAUUACAUUUAGUACACAGGCUAUUUCCUUGUUUCUGAUAAUUAGUUCAGCAUCAUUUCUUUUCUCCCUCAAUCUGAUCAGAAAGUGAACUGAAUAUAUCGAUCUCCUAUACAUCAAGUAAAGGCAUAUAUGAUUAGGAUUUAUACAUUGUGGGUGAUUCCAUUGCCAAAGUAUGGAUCUUUGCCUGACAUAGACAUGGGAACUCAACGGGGAAGUUUAUUAGUUCAUGACAAAUUCUGAUUCCUGCAUUCCAAUUUUCCAAUGUAACUGCUGAUCAAUGUUUACCGCUUUCUCACCAAGGGCAGUGCUUAGACUUGUUUAGCCAUAAGACCAGAGGUUCAUAUUUAGUUUAGUUGUAAUCAGUUGAAGGGGAUAAAUAAAGAGCAUACGUAGUACAGUGGAAUCUUGUAGCAAAGUAUUUUACACCAAGGAAAUUAGCGAAAUCUUAAUGAAAUAUUGUUCCAUUAGGGCUAAAAAUGAACAGAAUGAGGUCUGGCAAAUAUCCUUGUAAUGAGAGCUUGAGUGUGUUAUACACCAUACAGUAGUAGUGUAUUGGGUCAUUGAAAGAGGAAUUUAGUUCUCUAAGAAUUUGGUAGAGAAUUUACUUUGCUAUUAAGGGUUUUCUGUUUCCAUGUUAAGUUUCUAGUGUUAUAGUAGUGAAAAUGAUGUGUUUAUAAUCUGUAAGUAUGGCCUUCAUGAAGAGACACUGCAGCUGCACUAGGUUCACUACAUUGUGAACUCAUUAAUCAAAUAUAUUUAUUGUGGCCCGUAUUGGGGAGGGGGGGAGGGUAAACAAAUAAAUAAAUAGCAGAGAUUUUUGGACUUUACAAAAAAAAUCCAACAGAACAUACAACUGACUGUGAAAUUUUCCCAACUUCUUAGAGCGAUGUACAAUACAUGCAUAAGUCCUAUCCAUCCCUUGUCUAUUAUCUAACAUUUUAGUGUACAUAUUUUGUAAAUAAUUAUGAUAUUGUAAAUAAAAUGCUUAAUGCUAUUUAUAAA